GGUGGCGCGAAGACGUCAGAGAUAGCCGCAAAGAAAGCGGCGGUGGAAGCUGACAUGCAACGGUGGCUUUCGUGUCAUUCUCUUCUUCUCCUUCUCUCUCUCUUACGCUCGCGAUUCAAGAUUAAUUUCGUAUGCAUUUUCGUCUCUUCUUCACACACAUAUAUUAGAUAAUCGUGUCUUUAUCUUCGAGCCAUGACCGGUAGAGAAAUUCUCCACAAGAUGAAGGAAUCCGUCAAGGAGAAAGUUGGGCUUGGUGCAUCUGCUUCUUCCGCAGAUUCAGGGAAAGGUAAGAGCAAGAUGUCGAAGCAGAUCACACAUGGUUUUCAUUUGGUGAAAGGUAAAGCUUUUCACGAGAUGGAAGAUUAUGUGGUUGCCAAAUUCAAGGAAGUUGAUGAUAAUGAGCUUGGUUUGUUUGCUAUCUUCGAUGGCCAUCUUAGCCACGAGAUUCCUGACUACUUGUGCUCCCAUUUGUUUGAGAACAUCUUGAAUGAGCCGAAUUUCUGGCAAGAGCCUGAGAAAGCGAUAAAGAAAGCUUAUUAUAUAACGGAUAAAACGAUUCUGGAUAAGGCAACUGAUUUGGGGAAAGGAGGUUCUACUGCUGUGACUGCGAUAUUGAUCAAUUGCCAGAAGCUAGUGGUUGCGAAUGUUGGAGACUCUCGAGCUGUUAUUUGCCAAAAUGGUGUUGCGAAGCCACUCUCAGUUGAUCAUGAGCCAAACAUGGAGAAGGAUGAAAUCGAGAACAGAGGCGGAUUCGUUUCUAACUUUCCUGGUGAUGUUCCUCGAGUUGAUGGUCAGCUUGCUGUGGCAAGGGCAUUUGGUGAUAAGAGUUUAAAGAUGCAUUUGAGUUCAGAACCAUAUGUCACGGUGGAGACAAUUGAUGAUGAUGCAGAAUUUCUUAUCCUAGCAAGUGAUGGGCUGUGGAAGGUCAUGUCAAACCAAGAAGCCGUUGACUCGAUUAAGGGAAUAAAAGAUGCGAAGUCUGCAGCAAAGCACCUUGCAGAGGAGGCUGUUGCAAGGAAAAGCUCAGACGAUAUCUCAGUCGUCGUCGCGAAAUUUCAGUGACAUUGACAUUAGCUUUCGGAGAAGAGACCUGAGCAGAUUGCUUUCAUCCUAAGUCUUACUGGUCACUGAAACAAGUAAAGAGUCUUUGAGAUUGGAUCAGCUAAAGAAAGAAUCACACAAGUAUGUAAGAUGCAAUCAUCACCACUUCUAUGUUAAUCUUUUUUUUUUUCCUUUUCAACUCUGUGAUUUUCUCUCAGCCUGUUUCUUUCUGGGAAAUAAAUAUUAAACAGUGAAAAACUUUCUUUGCUUCUUUUUUAUUAAUUAUACAUUACAGCAGUGUAAGAAAGAGGAAAUAGUUAGAAUUAGUGGGUAGUGAAAGAGACGGGACAUAAAAGGUUUCACAUGCCAAACUGUACUCAUGUCUUGAGUCUAUGACCUAAGCUUUUGGGGUUGUUUUAUUUACAAUAACAGAAUAAAUAAAUGUUGCCCCUUCUUUUCUCU